GUUUCCUUCAUUGUACAGCUCAUACUAUCCACACAACAACACAAUAAACAGCCAAGAUUUUUCUUGCAAUCUUUCCAGCAAGCGCUUAUGACAGCCCAGGUUACCCUGAAAAGCGGGGAGAAGGUCAAAGUCAACGACCAUGUAUAUUGUUCUCCACCAUGGUCUGUUCGAGAUGGUACCCCAUACUCUAUAGCCCGUAUCAUGGAAUUCCUGCCACCGGAAGGGGCAGGCAAAGGGAAAGGGAAAGGAAAGGAAAUAUAUACCCGCGUUCGAUUGGCUUGGUAUUAUCGUCCAAGCGACGUCAGUGAUCGUCCGGUCGCAGAUUCUCGCCUCCUUCUCGCCGCCAUAUAUUCAGAGAUCUGCGACAUAAACCAACUUCGCUCCCGGUGCCACGUUUUGCAUAGGGAUAAAAUAACCGACCUAGCUGGAUGGAAGAAACGCCCUGACAGGUUUUAUUUCAAUCGUCUUUUUGAUCCUUAUAUCAAGAAGGAGUUUGAUGUUAUUCAAGCGACUGACGUUCGGAAUUUGCCCGAUCACAUCAGACAGGUUUUGACCUCAAGAUACGAAUAUGUGGUAGCUGAGAAAGACGUGGUUCCAGACCUCACCGACACUCUGCGGUUGUGUGCAACCUGCAGUGAAUGGUGUGCAAAUCCUGACACAGUAGGGUGUGAUAGAUGCAAGAAUUUCUUCCACAUGAGCUGCGUACAACCUCCACUUCUGGCAAAGCCAUCACGCGGCUACGGCUGGACAUGCGCCCCUUGCUCUAAGCGCCAUGAAGAGGAGGUAGAUAAACAUGAUGUUCGACAUCCGACCCCCGUUGCGAAGCCAAAGUCUAAUGCGCCUGCUCCACGAGGCAGGGGACGCCCGCGUAAAGACAGGAGCCUUGCGGAAAAGGAAGAAAACGUCGAGAUCAAGUACUUUAAAAUGUGGCCGUUUCGGUACUUUGGGCAAUACACAGUGGCAGAAGAUACGCUUGAUCCUGACGAUCUCAUCUUCCCUCGAUCUGCUACACGCGUUGGCCCCAAAUAUCAAGCUACUGUUCCAACUACGCUUGAUGUACCCUCGCCUUCAGAUCCGGAACAGCGGGGCGGAGACUAUACCGUCGAAGUUCUGAGCGCGAUCAACACCUUGACAGAUGAAGAAAUCGCUGAAAUGGAAGCAUGGAAGGUGGUGUUGAGCAGAAAACCGGAAAAAUUGCACAGUGUCGACUGGCUGACCGAGGCCCUCAGGCGGUUUACGCAGGCACAUUUAUUGAACCGCGGCUGGUCCACUGUUGAUAUGAGUGUUAUUCCCACCCGUCCAGAGAAGUGGAAGAAGGGCGAAACAAGGCAUACCGACCGGGAGUGGACCGCGGAUGAGGUGACUGCUUUUGAGGACGGCAUUUUCCUCUACGGCGCUGAACUUCGGGCUGUACAUGACGAAAUUGGUACCCGUUCCAUGGCUGAGGUCGUGCGGUUUUAUGGGCAAUGGAAAAACUCGAGACUAGAGGAAGAGAAUGUACGAAUCCGAGCCGCGAGACUCAAGGCUAAAGAUGAGGGCAGAGAUGAGUUGCCCUCAGCUACUGCGGCUGUCACCGACCAAUUCUCUGAUGACGAAGGUUCAAUCAUGCCUGGAUUGUCCAGACACAACAAUAGCUGUGGCGCAUGCCGUACUCGUGAAUCGGAGAACUGGUGGAGGGCUCCCAAGGGCCUUGCUACUGAUAUUCUCUGUGAUACUUGUGGGACGAACUGGCGUAAAUAUGCGGACCUUAAUUUCCGUACAGUCCGUGAGGAUGUUCUACCGCCUAGCAAGAAGGGCUCGGAUAAACGUGAAGGUACACCCCUAAAUGGACCUAGUACGAAGCGAGUGAAGACCUCAACAUCGGCCUCUGUAAAUGCGACACCUCCCCCUAAUGCUCCAAUGGCCCCACAACUGCGUUGCUUGGCAUGCCAGAAGAAUGGUCCAGUGGGUAAGGUACUGAAGUGUAACCAGUGUCAAUUCCGAGUGCAUGCAGCAUCAUGCGGCGUCCACGUGGAAAAGAGCGCCGUUGACUCGUGGAUGUGCGACAUUUGCCAGAACGAAGAGACCCUGGAAUCAUCUAUGCACACUGACUGUUUGUUGUGUCCACGGCGCAAAUCCAAGAAGAAAGUUCAAUUCCCCAAUGCUGAUUCAUUCUUACGUGCUUCCAAGCCUACAGAAGGACAAGGUUGGGCGCACGUACUGUGUGCUGUCUUUACUCCUGAGAUCAGCUUCUCGGAUGUGUCGCAACUCCGGCUCGUUGAGGGCAUCAGCACCAUACCCAAGCAGAGAUGGGCAUCUAAAUGUGCUCUAUGCGGCGAAACCAGCGGUGCAGUCAUCCGAUGCAGUGACUGUGUCCGGGAAUACCACUCAUCUUGUGCUUGGAGGAAAGGUCACCAAUUUGGUUUUGAGAUCCAGCCGGUGCGUCAUCCACGUCGGGAUGGUAUAAUUACCACCUUCAAGGGUGAGACUGGCAACAUGGUUCCUGUCGUAUGUUGCCAGGAACACGAGAACAGCAGGCGGGAACUAUAUGAUGUAUGUGAAACGGAUGAGACUGGAGAGACUGCUCUGCAAGUUUACUGCCGGAUCUAUAAACAGGCGCCUGUAACUCAGGCGCAUGCUCUACUUCGGAAGGCUAGGAGACUCGACCAAACCUUGAAUAUCCGCACGGACGGCGCCUCGUCGGCUGACGUUUCGGCUGAGCCUGCGCUUCAAUGUGAUAUGUGCUCUACAGAGUACUCCCCUGCAUUCUAUCCGAGUGGACAUUACUCGGGCCGUUGGCGGUGCCACAAAUGCCACUUUGAGCACCGAAAUGGGGUUGGUACUGGCCAGUCUCCUGAUGAUAGUCUUUCCCCCCUUGAUGACACAAUGGAUGGAUAGACGCGGGUCUUUUUGAAUACCCCAUUGUAUUUUAAAUGAACUUUGUACGAUACUAGUGCACUCGUCGUUCAGGAAAGAACAUUAAUAUUCA